GUAGUCCGAGAAUCGCGGCUCUCAGUCAGAAUCAGCUUGUCACCAAAAUAACAUCUUCGUUCGGGCGCCCGCAGGUUGAAUCGACGCCGACGCGCUUGCUGUUUUUUAGUUUCCUGUUCUGCCCUUAUAGAGCAACAGAUAUUUGUUUAUCCACGUGUUCGUUCGAUAUGCGUACGUGAACCGGUUCAAAGCGAAAUGGAAGUUCUCUUUGCUUUGAUAUUUGUUGUAUCCGGAGCGCUACGAACGGUGUACGGUUACUCGUGGCCUAACGAGGAGACUACAACUCGCGCUAACAAGGACUAUCGAAAUGAUCCACUGGUUGUUGAAACAACUAGUGGUUUUAUUCGGGGACAUUCCAAAACGGUACUCGGACGAGAAGUUCAUGUGUUCACUGGGAUUCCAUUUGCCAAACCUCCAGUUGAACAGUUACGAUUUAGGCGACCAGUGCCCAUUGAUCCCUGGCAUGGAGUUCUAGAAGCCAACAAAUUGCCUAAUUCCUGCUUCCAAGAACGCUACGAAUACUUUCCAGGAUUCGAGGGUGAGGAAAUGUGGAACCCUAAUACCAAUAUAUCAGAAGAUUGUUUAUACCUAAACAUUUGGGUUCCUCAGCGUUUGCGCAUUCGACACCAUGAUAAUAAACCUCCAAUGGAAAGGCCCAAGGUCCCAGUACUGGUAUGGAUCUAUGGAGGCGGUUACAUGAGCGGAACGUCCACUUUGGAUAUUUAUGAUGCUGAUAUAAUUGCUGCUACGAGCGACGUGAUUGUCGCUUCGAUGCAAUAUCGCGUGGGAUCAUUUGGCUUUCUUUAUUUAAAUAAAUAUUUCCCUAAAGGCAGUGAUGAGACUCCUGGAAAUAUGGGCUUGUGGGACCAAGCAUUGGCUUUACGCUGGAUUAAAGAAAACGCCGCUGCCUUUGGAGGCGACCCAGAGCUUAUAACCCUUUUCGGAGAAUCAGCUGGGGGUGGAUCUGUAAGCAUUCUGCUUUUAAGUCCAAUCACGAAAGGUCUUGCUAAGAGAGGUAUUCUGCAAUCUGGAACAAUGAACACUCCUUGGAGCUACAUGUCAGCAGAUCAAGCUGAAGUAAUUGGAAAGGGUCUAGUCCACGAUUGCGGCUGCAACAUCACAAACCUGGAAACUAACCCUUAUCAAGUAUUGGACUGUAUGCGAGCUGUCGACGCAAAAACAAUAUCUUUGCAGCAGUGGAAUUCCUAUUCGGGAAUACUGGGUUUUCCGUCCAUGCCCACAAUAGAAGGCGUGUUUCUCAGCAAACAUCCUAAGGACAUGUUGGCGGAGGGAGACUAUGAAGAUAUGGAGAUUCUUUUAGGCAGCAAUCAAGAUGAAGGAACCUACUUUUUGCUCUACGACUUCAUCGAUUUCUUUGAAAAGGACGGGCCUAGUUUUUUACAAAGGGAGAAAUAUCACGAUAUUAUUGAUACGGUGUUCAAGAACUUCAGCAAGCUGGAAAGAGAUGCUAUUGUUUUUCAGUACACAGAAUGGGAGAACGCCAACGAUGGCUAUUUGAACCAAAAAAUGGUAGGCAGCGUAGUGGGUGAUUACUUCUUUGUAUGUCCAAUGAAUGACUUCGCUGAAAUGGCAGCCGAAAGAGGCAUGAAGGUCUACUACUAUUAUUUUACUCAUCGGACAAGUACAUCUCUUUGGGGCGAGUGGAUGGGAGUGAUGCACGGAGACGAGAUCGAGUACGUGUUCGGCCACCCUCUAAACAUGUCAUUGCAAUUUAACUCCAGAGAAAGAGAAUUGAGUCUGAAGAUCAUGCAAGCUUUUUCGAGGUUUGCUGCUACUGGAAAACCAGUGACCGAUGACGUGAACUGGCCAUUAUAUACGAAAGAGCAACCUCAAUACUUUAUAUUUAACGCUGAAAGGAACGGGAUUGGCAGAGGUCCUCGUGCACAAGCAUGUGCGUUUUGGAAUCAUUUUUUGCCUAAAUUGCGAGAAAAUUCAGGAUCUGAUGACCCGCCUUGCGUGAAUACAUAUCUUAGCAAAAUAUCUUCGUCGUCCAACCGGCUAGAAUCAGCAAUCGCUGGGGUCCUACUGAUAAUGAAUUUGCUUACUGUAUUUCUUGCUGGAAUAUAAAUUUCUAAAGGGCUCAAGUUGUAUGUUUCAAACUUAGCCACGGGUUGAGAUGUAACCUUAGACAACUUCCUUGAGGGCAAACAAAAUUGGUAGGACUAGAUUUUAAAAGUUUAGGUCAGUUUCGAAUGAAACUUUGUAGUCGGCUUUUGAGAAUUUGUGGGGCUAGGGUUGGACAUGACACACAAAGAUGCUAAAAGAUAGUAAAAGGUUUGGACUGCAAAAUGUUUGGCUUAAUCGCUUUGACAAACAUUUAUUUACGAAGAAAUUUGGAUUCGUAUUAAUGCACUUGUAAUGGAAGUUAAAUGAAUUGCCAAAUUACAGGAACUGCACUGUCUCAAGAUUUUUCAAAUACAAUUCCUGAAAUUAGCGGUUGUGAUUCAAAAUUAUAAAAAUUAUGGAAUAAGAAAAUCUAUUAAUAUUGUUGUUAAAUAUACAAUGUGUACUAAAAGUAGGCAUAUAUUGCUGCUAUUAUUUGAUGUGCAAAGCUAUUAUAAAUGUGUAUUAGAUAGCUAAAUGUGCAGGUCUUUCAAUGUAACUUGUGUUAAUUUUUUUUGUGAGGUUUGAUGUUGUAAGCUAUAUGGAAUUUGUCUUCAGUUGCCAAUCCUCGCCUCAUAAAACAGUGUAGAAAUGCUUAGAUUUUUCUAGAGCUCACUUGUUUUUACAGUUUGACACGUCGUAGCUUUGUCCUAAUAUUCGAACAAAAGUCAGCUAGGAAAGUGUUUAAUUUAAAUAGCAUUUACUAAAUGUAGCUAAAUGUAAGAAGUGGCAUAUAAACUGAUAAGUGGCUCUGAUGUGUUACUUAUAUACCUAUCAAAUAAUAACAUUUAUAUAAAUAUGGUUGUGUGGAAAAGAUGUAGAAAACAUAUUAUGCAUAUGUGUAAUCAUGCAUCUUUUAACGUAUGCAGCUUACAUUCCUGUCUGUUUUAGGAAUUUAUGGCUUUCAGAUAACUCAAAAUAAGCUGGUACCAAAAGCCGUGCAAACUCGCAAUAUUUACUCAAUGAAGUAAAAAGUUGGCUUUCAUUUAGUUUUAAUAGAGAAUAAUCUAAAUUAAAAUGACAAAAAAAACGUUUUGGGCGACGUCAGUAAUUUGACUUCAAUAAAAUGGGCAUUAUUUUUUGUUAAUAAAUAAAAAACCGGAGCUGACUAGAUACUUUAGCCAGAAUCUGGCCUUCGCAUCAAAUACGUAAAACAAAAAUAUAUGCCCGAAGGUUACAUAAUGGAAAAUAUCCAGUUAAUCGGGUCAGUUAAUAGCUCUGUCAAAUAUGCAAAUCUUUUUCUAAAAUCAGCUUGGAAAAUUCGAAAUCUGCCAAUCGCAGUAUUUUUCGUUUCAAUAUAAAGGGAUUGCUUUUUCAUACUGGUUCGCUUCCACUAUCGGUCUAUCUUUAAUUCUAGUUUCGCUUUAAAUGCCCGUAUUGAGCAAUUUUUCCACACAUCCAUCCCCUUGCAAAACUCUUCUAACAUACGAUGAAAUGAAUGAUAAAAAAACAUGUUUUACACAUCUUCUCACAUAAUUACAUUUUUCAGCUGAAGUUGAAUAUCCAUAAUUAUAAGAAAUACUUCUUCAAGGAAAGAAGUAUGAAUCAUCAGUCAGCAUUUGCAUGUGGCCGUUUGACAUAGUAUAAAUCUAAGCGUCUCUAAUACAAGUUUAUACUAAGUCACAGACAAUCAUAAAUACGAAGCUAAUAAAGAAAUCUUAUGUUAGGUUAGGUAGACAUUAUGCAACAGUGCCACGCGCAUGUCUGUAGGUUAUGUUAAGUUAUGGGUGUAUUUAUAUAAGUUAACUACAUAUAUGAUAGAAUAUUAUAUAAGUUUAGUUUAAUAGCUAAUCCUUAGAUGUUUAACCUAUAGUGAUAAAACUGAAUGUUUACCCGUUCAUAUCACGAUAAGCAUAUCUUUAAUGUAACUCGUCACAUAUCAGAACUGCAGGUGAUAAAAUGAAUCUUUUGCAUAUCUCUAUAUUAUAUAUUGAGCCAAAAUAUAUUAUACAUAGUGUUUUGUUACAUAUACAAUGUAAAGUUUAUACACCUAUCUUAUAUUUCUUUAUAGCGCAUAGUAAUAAGAGUAGCUUAAACUUUUCAGAUAGUGAACUGUUUUAUAUGCAGGUAUGUGAGUUGAAAUCGAUAUUUCUGAGCUUGCUUUGGACGGCAGUAUUUAGCAAAAUAGUUUUUAAAAAUUUGUUGUGUCUAUCAAAAAUUUUCCAUUUCGAAAUUGAAUAUUGAAUCAUAUUAUUUUCAUCAAAAAUUAUACGAAAUGAGCAACUCCGACCCGAUAAUAAACGUCUAAUGUUA